AUGAGGGAGCAAUCUGAUAACAGGAGUGCCAAGCCUCAAACAGGCACAAAGGAGAAGAAGAAAAUUGAGUUUGAGUUCUGCAAGGUCUGCAAUAUAAAUUAUGACCAAGGUAUCCGCCACAAGUACUUCCCUAAACACAAAAAAUCCCUUUCCACCUUCCUCUCUCGCUUCCAAAACAAACUCUCUGAUGUUCGCUCCUUCCUCAAAACGCCUAUCCCUCUCAGUCCCCAGCUUGCUUCCAGUAAUUGCUUCUGGUGUGUUUUCUGUGACCAAGAUAUCAACGAGCUCGAUAGUUCCUUUGCUAGUGAAAAUGCAAUUCGUCACCUAGCAAGUGUGGAACAUGUGAGUAAUUUGAAGCACUUCUUUUGGAAAUAUGGUGGCGCCAUGGAUCAGCUGGAUGUGUUUAAAGUUUCUGAUAAUGACUUUGCGAAGUGGGAAAAGAGGUGUGCCGCCGUUAAAAAAGAAGCUUCAUUGCAAAGUGAAGGAAGUCCUGGAGCAGUUUUUGGACCUUCAAGUGAUAUCCAUAAUCAAUUGAACAAUGGAAAUAUUGAUAGUUUUGAAAAUAUUUAUUCCCAUUCUAUGAAAUCAUAUCCUUCAAACGUUGUUUUGCCUUUACACUGCCACACAAACAAGUAUCAGGUAUCCUCUUCAGGCCACUCUGGAGUUGGCAAUACUGGCCUAUUAGAUAUUGAUAACUCUUCUUUACCUUCGGAAGCGUGUUCUAGUGCAAAUCCUCUUGCUUUGCAGGAUUUUGCAGUUGAAAGGAGUAGCCAUUCUCUCCCUUGUAGUGGUGGGCAAUGGUCAAGCACGGGCAAUAAAGUGCAGUUUCUUGAUAAUGGUAAAGUGGUCAACGGAGACAGCAAUCAGCAAGGGAUACAGAUGCUCACCCGAAUCUCUAGCGUGCCUUCUGAAAAUAAUGAUGGAAAUGUUCAUUCUGGAGCACCUCCACCUUGGUUUGAAACAAAUGAGGGAGUUCCGAUAUAUUCUAAGCCUGUUUCAAGAGAUGUCUCCCACUCAAACAAGUCAGGGAAGCACAAAAAGUUGAAUCCUAAACGCGUUGGAGCUGCUUGGGCGGAAAAGAGAAAGAUUGAAAUGGAGAUGGAAAAAAGAGGGGAGAUUGUGAGGAACGAAUGCGAUGCCAACUGGCUUCCUAAUUUUGGUAGAGUUUGGCAAUCUGGUAGCAGAAGAGAAUCAAGAAAAGAAUUUGAAAAGGAGAAACAAGAGUUGUUAAAUGUUGGAACUCAACCUGAGAUGCCAAUCAAGAUACAGCCCUAUGUUAGCAAAAGAAUGCGGAUGGAUAGUGGCACUGAUCAUGCAAGUGGGUGA